AUGGUCUACAUCGACAACACAGAGGUUCUCUGUGAGGAGGAGAAGCGUUUGCAAGAGGAUCGCGAGAGAACCAAGUACUGGAAGAAAUGGGGUUCCUACGUCUCCGAGAGACAAUGGGCCACUGNNGUACAGAGGAUUACUCCGCUGACGGAGAUGCCUGGAGUCACUNUCUCGCACGACAUGUCACGCAAGAGAGCCUACCGUUGGGGCGAAGAUGGUAUCGCUGGUGUCUCCGACACUCACGGUCUCCAGAACAUUGCAUUUGCCUUCUGGAACGGAAAAGACNACUCGUACAUGAAAUUCCUCUACAAGUACCCUCAAGAGGAGUUUCCCUAUGAGCACCUCAUCGAGGAGAACGCUCGCCGCAACAAGACUGAGCGCGAGUACAACCUGAUCGACACCGACGCCUUCAAGGACAACAAGUACUGGGACAUCUUCAUCGAGACUGCAAAAGAGGCGGACGACCCGGAUGAGCUUCUUUUCCGUGUGACGGCAUACAACCGUGGUCCUGAGGCUGCCAAGUUGCACAUCAUCCCUCACGUCUGGUUCCGCAACACUUGGGCCUGGGGUUACGAUGAGACCAAGCCUGAGAGCAAGCAGGUUAGUGAAUUUGCUUGCGAGACGAACCACAAGAAGAUUGGCAAGCGCUACUUCCAGUGCUCUCCUUCGCCCAACGUUGGCGGUCGCGAGGAGGAUGUCCACCCCGAGUUCCUCUUCACCGACAACGACACCAACUUCAAGGCCAUCUGGGGCAAGGAUCAGAAGAACCACACCGAUUUCACCAAGGAUGCUUUCCACAGACACAUUGUCAACAAGGAGAAGGGCGCUGUCAACCCUGCCAAGUCGGGAACCAAGAGUGCAGCCUGGUAUGCAUUCGACCAGGGCGAGGGUGUGCCUCCUGGCGAGUGCGCCGUUGUUCGUUUCCGCCUUUCCAAGAAGCUUACCGAGGGCUACAUCGAUGAAGAGCUUUUCGACGACGUUAUGGACCAGAGACUUCAAGAAGCCGACGAGUUCUACUACCGCAUCAGCCCCAUGCCCAUGAACGACGAUCUCCGCAACAUCCAGCGCCAGGCUCUUUCAGGUAUGAUGUGGUGCAAACAAUACUACCACUUUGUCUGGGAUCAGUGGGCCAACGGUGAUCCUGCCAUGCCCCCACCUCCUCCUGGCAGAAAGGCCAUUCGCAACGCGCAAUGGAAGCAUAUGCAUCUCGACGACAUUCUGUCCAUGCCAGAUUCAUGGGAGUACCCCUUCUUCGCCGCUUGGGAUUCGGCCUUCCAUUGUAUUCCGCUUACCAUGAUCGAUCCCGAGUUUGCCAAGAAGCAGCUCGAUCUGUUUACUCGUGAAUGGUACAUGCACCCCAACGGACAGCUGCCCGCCUACGAGUGGAACUUUGGUGAUGUCAACCCUCCUGUCCACGCCUGGGCCACUUUCAGAACCUUCAAAAUGGAGCGCAAGAUGUACGGUCGUGAAGACAUCGACUUCCUCGAGCGUGUCUUCCAGAAGCUGCUACUCAACUUCACCUGGUGGGUCAACCGCAAGGAUGCUGAAGGUAAGAACGUCUUUGAAGGUGGUUUCCUGGGUUUGGACAACAUCGGUCUGUUCAACCGUUCCGACCCUCUUCCCACUGGUGGUGUUCUCGAGCAAGCCGACUCCACUGGUUGGAUGGCUUUCUACUGCUUGUGCAUGUUGAACAUCUCCCUCGAGCUCGCCAAGCACCGUCGCACAUACGAAGACAUUGCUUCCAAGUUCUUUGAGCACUUCGUCCUCAUCAGUGAUGCCAUGCAGUACCGCGCCGGUAGUGAGGCAAAGUCUCUGUGGAACGAAGAGGACGGCUUCUACUACGACGCAAUCUCCUGGGGUGGCCCAUGGACCCAGCAGAUGCCUGUCCGCUCGCUCGUCGGCCUGAUCCCCAUGUACGCCUGUUUGACGCUUGAGCCGCAGGUUAUUAACAAGCUGCCUCAGUUCAAGAAGCGCAUGGAAUGGUUCAUUGAGAACAAGCAUGACGUCUUCGAGCGCAACAUUGCCAGCAUGAAGCGUCGUGGAAAGGACAACCGUCUUCUUCUGUCCCUGGUCAACGAGGAGAGACUCAAGAAGAUCUUGGAGCGCAUGUUGGACGAGACCGAGUUCUUGUCAAAGGGUGGUAUCCGUUCGUUGUCCAAGUACCACGAGAAGCACCCUUACUCGAUGGAUGUCAACGGUCAGACCUUCUCGGUUGGCUACGUUCCUGGAGAUUCCGACAGUGGUCUCUUUGGUGGAAACAGCAACUGGCGUGGUCCUGUCUGGAUUGCAGUCAACUUCUUGUUGGUCGAGUCUCUACUCCGCUUCUACAUGUUCUACGGCAACACGCUCAAGGUCGAGUGUCCUAAGGGUUCCGGCGACAUGAUGCACCUUGGACAUGUAGCUGAGGAGAUCCAGCACCGUCUGCAACAUCUCAUGGCUCGUGGUGAUGACGGAAGACGUGCAAUCAACGAUGGAAACGACAUGCUCGACUUUGAUCCUCACUGGAAGGACUACCUCUGGUUCUACGAAUUCUUCGAUGGAGACAGUGGCAGAGGUCUCGGUGCCAGUCACCAGUGUGGUUGGACCGGUCUUAUGGCCAAGAUGAUCCACGACACUGGUGUCAACUGCCGUCUUCCUCAAACGCCCAGAACUCCUACCGCUGCAGCAUCCCACUACUUUGACGACGUCUUCACUCGUCAACGUAGGAACUCUCAAACAAAGAAGCCUGAGGGUCUCCGUCGUUCGUCAACCAGCCGUAGCAUCGGUGCCCGCAGCGACUACUGGAAGUCUGCCCCUCCUAGUGAUGAUGGCGACCAUGAUGCUGAAGCUGAAGAGGGAGAUGAUACCAAGUCUAACGGACGCGCUUGGACGAUCUACAAGGAUGACGGUAAUGCCGAUCGCAACAAGGAGAGGGAAAGCGCAGAUGAUCACGUCCACAGAUAUGUGCAAGACCAGCUCAAGCGUCUGAUGACACCGAACGGUCCUGAGCAGUACGAGGAUGAGAUUGAGUAG